AUGCUAGUUCAGCAUAAAAAGUCAUCCGACUUUUUUGCUUUAAAAAUACUUGAUAAAGCCAAAGUAGUAAAGCUUAAGCAAGUUCAACACACCUUAAAUGAGAAGAGAAUUUUACAAGCUGUCGAUUUCCCUUUCCUCAUUCAUUUGGAAUACAGAUUUAAGAAUGAAAUAUACUUAUUUUUAGGACUCGAAUAUGUAUCCGGUGGUGAGAUGUUCUCAUAUCUGCGGCGCAAAGGAAGAUUCAGGUUAGCCUCACUUAGUAGUUUAAUGCAUUCUUGUAGUGAAUCUGCUGCACGCUUUUAUGCAAGUCAAGUAAUACUGGCUCUAGAAUACUUACACUAUUUGGAAUUAAUAUAUCGGGACCUAAAACCAGAAAACAUAUUGUUGGAUCCUGCCGGCUACAUCAAGGUGAGAAAUGCUUUUGAUGUGUGA